AUGACGGGAUUCUCUGCGCUCCCCUUGGCGUCAGAGGCAGGCGACGACGACGAGCAGCAAAAGUUUAAGGGCGUCUCCCGGAUCCUUGGGCCCAGAUGGGCACACCUUCCAACCAUAACCAUUGGACUGUUGGGAGUACAAAUAUUCUGGAGUGUUGAGAUGUCUUAUGCUUCGCCCUACUUACUCUCCUUGGGUUUAUCCAAGUCAAGCAUGGCAGUUGUGUUCGUAGCGGGUCCGUUAUCUGGCCUGAUAAUGCAGCCUCUCAUCGGUGUUUUGGCCGACAACUCCACCUCAAGGUUCGGCAGACGGAGACCCUAUAUGUUACUCGGAACUCUCAUUUGUAUGGUCGCCAUGCUCCUCCUUGGAUUUACUCGGGAUGUAGCAUCUAUAUUUACCGGCUGGAAUAGUAACGCUAAUGACGCUCUGACGAUAUGGCUGGCUGUCCUUUCCAUCUAUCUCAUUGACUUUGCCAUCAACGCAGUGCAGGCCGUGGACCGUGCCCUUCUUGUCGACACUCUUCCCUCGUCAUCACAAGCAGCAGGAAACGCAUGGGCGGCGAGGAUGUUGGGAGUAGGAAGUGUGGUUGGUUUUUUCGUUGGCAACGUCGACCUUCCCCGUCACUUCCCGUUUCUGGGCAGCUCGCAGCUGCAAGUCCUCUCCGUCAUCGUUUCCUUCCUGCUCCUCGCCGGUCACGUCGUCAUGGCCGUUAUGGUCAAGGAAAAGGUCCUCCUCAAGACCUCCAGCGUUGAUGGAAAAUCCCAACGGAAAACAUUUACUCAAGAAGUACGUGAUAUAUGGAACAACAUGCGCUCUCUUCCUCGAGUAAUCAAGCAAAUUUGCAUUAUCCAGUUCUUCGCAUGGAUAGCAUGGUUUCCCGUCCUUUUCUACACCUCAAUCUACGUCGGCGACCUGUACAAACGCUCUCAACCGCACCCCGAGUCCGACGAGGCCGCUGCUGCCCUCGACACCGAGGCUACCCGUCUGGGCUCUCGUGCGCUCUUCUACUCCGCCCUCGUGUCAUUGCUCGCGAACAUCACGAUGCCCGCCUUCGUGGCCGAGGCCGCUGCUGCGAGCCGGGGCAGGAACAGUGGCGCAACGUGGUGGGAUCGUGUCUGUCGUGUCCCGAGGCAGAUGCAGAUGCAACUUGCGACAGUGUGGGCGGCGAGCCAUUUCGUGUUUGCAAGCUGUAUGUUUGCGACAUUCUUCACCCAGUCGGUGUGGGGCGCUACCUUGAUCGUCACUGUCACAGGAUUCUCCUGGGCUAUCACCCAGUGGGCGCCAUUUUCCCUUCUUGCAGAAGCCAUCCUCACAGAACCUGCUGCGCAGUCGUCCGAGAACCCCGGUACGAUCCGGCUAGCCGAUGCACGCCAACGCGACAGCAGUGAACACGAACGGCAAGUCUUCCUCGCCCGAAACGGCGAAGGCGAACAUUCCGAGGACGACUCGGAGGACGAAGAAACCCGCAGAGAGGAACGCAGGAGGGUGCUCACCAAUUCAGGUGCUCAACUAAGCCGGAUAGACAUUGGCGUGCCUGAGCACGAAGACGGUGACUAUGAGUUCGUACCUGGGCCGGAGAAUGGGCAGAGGACGAACGGGGCUGUGAGCACUGCGAGCACGUUGAGUGCUAAGGCCGGUAUUAUCCUGGGCAUACACAAUAUUUUCAUCGUCAUCCCCCAAUUUCUUGUGACAGGCUUCUCAUCCAUCCUAUUCGCCAUCCUUGACCCCCAAAAACCCGCCCUGCCUUCUCAUCGUGCCCCCGUUGCCCCGGGCCCAGGACCGAAGAACGGCACCGUGCUCCUGAACGAUAUUGGCUCGAACGUUGACAUCGACUUCGAUGAUAUGGCUGCGAGAGGUGCCGAGCUGUUCAAUGCUCUGUCCGGCAGAGCAGCUGGUGGAAGCGACUCCAGUCACUCGAACUCUGUGGUGUAUAUCUUCCGAAUUGGAGGUGCCGCUGCCCUGUUUGCGUUUGUGCUAUGUUGGAGGCUAGCACGCGAGAUUCGGCAUCGAUAG